UUAGUAUUAUGAAUUGCCAAAAGCACAACAUUCCAAGCACGGAUAAUAAGAUUAUAAGAAGAAGAAGUGGCAGAAGCACACGUUGAACAAACAAAAAGAGCAAUCGAGCAUGGAGAAGAAGAGCAUUCAUGACAUCCUCCCUCUUGAGUUGAUUCACAGAAUCUUACUAAGAGUGCCGGCCAGCCAUCUCUUUCGCCUCAGGUGCGUCUCGAAGCUGUGGUACUCUCUAAUUUCCGAUCCACACUUUGCUGAAUUGCAUUUUCACCACUCUCCCGCUUCCACCAAUGCAUUCUUCUGCAUAAAAAACGGCACUGUGGCUUACUUCCUUUAUUUAGACGCACUAGUAUUUAGUGAUGACAAUGAUGCAUCACACCUAAAAGAGGUGAGUAUCCCUUUCAAUACGAAACAACCUUCUUAUUUUUGGGUCCUGGGAUCCUGCUGAGGCUUUGUUCUCUUACAUCGUCACCCUCAAUGUUUAGUGGUAUGGAACCCACUGACUGGAUCCAGCAAAAGAAUAUCUUACUCUGGUAUUGAUUCUCCUAUCUACAAUGGCUUUAGGCUUCCCGAGAGUGCCCGUCUGUAUGGAUUUGGAUAUGAUGCAUCCCGGGAUGAUUACUUAGUUGUUGUAGCUUGGAGCGAGCGGCAAAGACAAGAUCACUUGGAUUGCUUGUCCUUGAGAACCAAUUCCUGGAUUCAUCUUGAUGCUGCACUCCCCAAACCCUUGCAUGUUUUUCAGCGCACGUCCGCUGGGUUGUUCUUGAAUGGUGCUAUUCAUUGGGUGCCUUUGCCUAUUAAAGAUCACAGGGAUGCUAUUCUUAUCUUUGAUCUGAAGGAAAGGUCUUUUUCAACUAUGUCUGAGCCUGAACUGGCAUGCUCCUAUGACUAUGAGUCCUAUCCAGGUCUCACCCUACUAGGGGGAUGCCUAGCCUUGUAUUAUCACAGUCGUGAUAGCUGUAGCACUGACAUAUGGGUGAUGAAAGAAUAUAAAGUGCACUCAUCUUGGACUCUCUAUCAGAUUCCUUUCCUUUUCUUUCAGCCUCUGUGCUUAUUCAAUAAUGGUGGUAUUAUUGGAGAAAUAAUUCUUUCGGAUAAAAUAAAAAAGAUAAAGUUUCUCAUGUAUAAUGUGGGAGGAGAGCUGCUCCCACGUGUUAAAUAUCUUUGUUCUGGGCUUAACAUCGGUGCAACCGAAGUUAUGUAUACAGAGAGUCUCCUACCACUCUCUAGUGAUAUUAAGGAUAAGGAUAAUAAGAACAUGAUGAAAAACAGGAAGAGGAAGGAAAACGGUUCUAAUCAACUGUGACUUUUGUCUAUGGAUGGUGAGAUUUGAAUUUAUCACUGUUUAGUGAAUCACUAAUCACUGUCUUGCUUCCUAUAGUCCGAUCUUGUGGAGCUGUUUUCUGCAGGCCAUGAAGUUCACCGUGAAUGUUUUGAACAACUUGAUGUUGCCAAAGAUUAGAAUCACAAAGGGGUCAAGUAGAGAAAGGGAAUCGGGAGCCAACAUACAAGUGAACAACUUAGACAUGUGAUUUUGUUGUAAAUGAAGAGCAGGGUUCUCAAAGUUG